GACGAUUCGGAGCUUUUCGACAAGCCGUCCAUGAAGAAGUAAAACGGAAGUGCAACCGUUCCUGCUGCUGGUGGCGUUAGCUAGCUGGAGCUACGGUGGUGUCGUCGUCUUCUCGGUGUUGAGGCUCGACAACAGACGCGGCAAUCUUAAUUUCGUUCCCAGACACGAACAGAUAAUUCUCCCUGGAGUCUCUAAAGAGAUCUGUCAAACCUGGAUGUAUUUGGUGUGAACGAUGAACAACACCGGGACUAAGAGAGCUCCAACGACAGCCACUCAGAGACUUAAGCAGGAUUACCUCAGGAUAAAGAAAGACCCAGUGCCUUACAUCUGUGCAGAGCCUCUCCCCUCCAACAUCUUAGAAUGGCACUACGUAGUCAGAGGGCCGGAGAAAACUCCAUAUGAAGGAGGGUAUUAUCACGGAAAACUCAUAUUCCCUCGGGAGUUUCCUUUUAAGCCUCCAAGUAUUUAUAUGAUAACGCCAAACGGAAGGUUCAAGUGUAACACAAGGUUGUGUUUGUCCAUCACAGACUUCCAUCCAGACACGUGGAACCCCGCGUGGUCCGUCAGCACAAUCCUUACGGGUUUGCUCAGCUUCAUGGUGGAGAAAGGACCCACACUCGGCAGCAUCGAGACGUCGGACUACACCAAAAGACAGCUCUCAGCCCAAAGCCUGGCCUUUAACCUCAAAGACAAAGUGUUCUGCGAGCUGUUCCCUGACGUAGUGGAAGAGAUCAAGCAAAAACAGAAGGUCCAAGAAGAGUUGAGCGCCCGCACGCAGCCCCUCCCCUUACCAGACGUGGUGCCUGAUGGAGACCCUCAGCAAGCUCAUUACGGCCUCCCAGUCCUCAACGGAGGACCGGUCCCUGUGGGGGGCGCCAACGCCGCCCCCGGCCUGCAGCAGGCCAAUCGCAACCAUGGACUGUUAGGCGGCGCCUUAGCCAACCUGUUUGUGAUCGUGGGCUUCGCUGCGUUCGCCUACACAGUCAAGUACGUUCUGAGGAGCAUAGCUCAGGAGUGAGAGGAGGCGCGCUCCUUCCUCCAAGCGAGCCUCUAAAUGACUCAAACUUUAAACAGCGGAUACCUGGAGGAGGGACGCUCGGUCCUCGGUUCAAAAUCCCUCCACAGAAACUAUCUGCCACCGUGGACCUCGCCGGAAAGAAACUCAAAAAGCUUGCGCGCGCUACGGCUGGACUGAGGGCGGGGGGGGUUUGGGGAGCGGACGGGGUGGGAGCGUUUUUUUUUUAUUAAAACGGUUGUGAUCCACUUUGUGCUUCGGUGGUUUAUAGAUCUCCUGGGAACAAUCUUGGCUCAUGGGUUGUGAAUAAGCGUAGGCAAAACUCCAUCUAAGCAAUGCCCAGCAUCUUUUCAGUAAGAAGUCUGUGUUCCUGUCCUAAUUAAUGAGAGGUGGAGGACAACUGUGUUUUUUUUUUUUUUUUUUUGAAUGGUCAACACAAUAGUAAAGUAAAAAUUAAGUUUCAGCUAGGAGGAAAAAAUGCUGACUUUCCUGAAAAUAGAAUCUGGGUCGGAUCUUAAAUCUGUAGAGACGUCCUCCAUGUUCCACAGAAAGGUGUUCUCGCUGCCCGACGUGUAUUUCCAGCUCCGUCAUCGGCUCAGCUGCCCCACAGGAAAUGGUUUCAUAACGUAAUUCGACUCCGGGCAUUCUUCAGCAUAAGUUUAGUUUCGCUUUCCUUGUGCGACGGAGAAGGCUUCCACAUCACCUCUUCCAGCCCGCCAGCUCACCUUCCCGCAGUGCGUAGACACGAAGGUGGAGCUUCCGAGAAAUCUGGCCUACUUUUUAGGACCGUUUUAUUACAUUAUUCAAAUGUUUUGGAUUAUUACAGCUUUCACUGUCAGAUCAGUUUGUCGUUUUUUUUUUUGCAAGUUCGUUGGGAGACGCACUCUAGUUUUUACCAAAAGUUGAUGCUAAGAAAAACAAAGAGGAAUGUUAUCAAUACAUAGAAGACCAUCAAGUUCUGUGGUAAUCAGUAAGUCUUUACAUAGAAAGACACGCAGCUCAUCUAAACUAUGGAGACCAAUCUGGGCGCAAAACCGGUUCAAACGGGACCGCUUGGAGUUUUUUUUGGAUGCUUCUACAUCACAUUUGCUUUGUCUAGUUUUUGCUCCGAUGCUUAGUAGAUCUGAGACUUUUUUAUCUUGGGGUUUAACAAGGAAACAAAAAGUUUUAACAAGUGUAUGAAUAGAAAUGGGCCUCUCUCUCUAUGAACUGCACAGUCAAGUUGCAUCGGGUUUAAUGGCUUGACUCAUUGUCAAAUUCCAGUUGGUCAACCUAUGAGCCAAGUGACUUGUGCACAUUGGCAACUUUUUAGAAAUCAGUUUAGCUGACCAGUAUGGCGCCAGUCUUUAAAGGUCCAAGUAAGGAACCAAUAUUUUUAUUUCUUUAAAUCACUUUUUUUUUUUUUUUUUUUUUUUGUUGAAUUCUAUAUAUUUUUUCCCUUUUUUUUAAUUUAUAGAAACUGCCAGCUGCUCAUGUGUUUUGUAAAACACGCAGUACAAACACCGGCUAAGACCCUGGCUCUCAUCGUAUGCAGACGAUUAACUGAAUUUCGAAUAAACGGUUCCUCUGUGAAUCUGACGUGUCGACAGAAAACUGACGAUCCUCUUCUUUUCGCAGCACCUUCACAAAGAAACAGAAGUGAGCCUGACAACGGGAGUGCAUUUGUGUAGUGAAACGGCAAAUGGCCAAAAUUUCCAUGCUUCAGUUAAUCUCGUGUGACCUUGUAUGUUUUCAUAGUAAAUGCAAAUAAAUACCCUGCUUGGCGGGGCGUUUAAUAAACCUCCCUUUGAAUCUGCUUCUGUCACAGACUAUGAAUGUUUAGCAACUAGUUGCAGGCGAAGACGUUUUUUUUUUUUUUUUUCUUUUCUUGUUUUUCUUUUCUACAAAUAAAUAGUUCAUAAGCCCA